AUGCACAGGAUGUUAUGGAAGAAACGAUGUCAACGAACGUCGAUGUUUCCGAAGAGGUCACCCGAAUUCUUGACUCCCUCUCUCAUAAGGGAGUUCUUCGCGAACAACUGGCGGAUGAACGAAUCAAAAGUCAACUACUGCCGUGAGUCGAUCUACCAGCGCCCUGUCCCGCGGAAGGUUCUGUCAACGUUGCGUAUUAACACAGUCUUAGACACCAAAGAGUUGCCAUUGACUUUGUAUCCCGCACUGAGACGGGGACACUUUCCCCAAAUCUUAGCAUGUGGCGUUACGUCGACAUGGGGGAAGAUUCAUAGGACAGAUACAACAUGUUCAACCACUGAUGUCAUUGGUAGCUAUCAGCAUAUUAUUACAGGAUCUAAGUCCGAUACAGCCCAACAAGUCAAAGGUGGCAUAAUAGCAGACGAGAUGGGCCUUGGAAAGUCCCUGACUAUGCUUUCAGCCAUAGCGGGGUCCUUCGAUCGAGCGGCUAAGCAUGCGAUGUGGAACAAAAAGGACUCAAUCAGGGAUGAAAUCCACGCAGGUGCUACUUUGAUCGUCGUUCCAUCACCAUGGAAUUUGACAUUUUACAAGUACCAUGGUCACAAGCGAAAAGAGUCUCCCCAAGAACUGCUACAAUCUCACAUUGUCUUUUCCACGUACGCAACCAUCGCAGCUGAGGCAAGUCAAACGUCGUCUCCACUGGCUGCAAUACAUUGGUUUCGCAUAGUCCUAGACGAAGCACACGACAUUCGGAACCGAACAACCCAGCAGUUCCAAGCCUUGAUUCGCCUGAGAGCAGAACAUCGGUGGUGUCUAACAGGAACACCGAUUCAGAAUAGCUUGGAAGAUCUCGGAUCACUCAUGACUUUUCUCAGAGUUCCAGUUUUCGAGAACGCAGCAACAUUCAGGCGAUUCAUCUCGAUUCAGUGCAACUCAUCGUCUAGACAGAGCUUUGAGGCUUUGAAAACUCUCCUCUCUACAGUUUGCCUACGCAGAACCAGAGAUGUUAUCAACCUUCCCAAAUCAAUUCAUCAUCAGAGAGUUCUCGAACUCUCUGACAUGGAGCGCGAACAGUAUAAUUGCAUUAUUAGAGACAGCCGACAGAUGAUCCAAAUGGCAGUCAGUAUGCGUGGAAGAAUGAAACAUAACACAGCUGUUCUGCAGUCCCUCCUGCGACUACGCUUGUUUUGUAACAAUGGUAGAUCUGAUUUCAUGCAAGCCGCAAGCAACAAAGGCAUGCCAACGGAUCCAUACGAGCUACUGACAUACCUCCAGCAGACAGACAACGCAAUAUGCGUUUAUUGUCACCGCAACAUUUACAGCAUCCAUGAAAAGCACAAAUUAGAAAGCGACGGCGGUAUUCAGGUUCAAGGAUGCACCCAUUUAGUUUGCAGUGGAUGCGUGCCAAAACACUGCGCGGCCAAGUUGAGAUGCAUUAGUUGCUCGACUCAAGGCCAAGAAGAUGCGGUCAACGAUCUCACCACUCCUACUCAGCAAAGAAUAACAACCCAAUUGGGGUCAGAUGCGGACACAGUUUACCCAACGAAGCUUAGAGCCCUUUUACAAGAUCUUCAACAUGAUUUUCGCAGUUAUGAUCACUAUGACAAAAAGAGUAUCGUAUUCUCAUCGUGGAAGAAGACAUUGGAUCUUGCAAAGAAUCUUCUUGCUUCCAAUGGUAUAAAUUCGUACCUCAUUCAUGGAUCUUUGCCAAUACCGGAGCGGACAAGAAUUCUUAAAGAGUUCCAUUCCCUUGGCGGAGCGAAUGUUCUUUUGAUGACCUUGGGAACAGGCGGCGUUGGCGACACAAGACUGAACUUGGCGAAUGCGACUAGGAUUUAUCUCUUGGAACCUCAAUGGAAUCCAUCAAUUGAGCUUCAAGCUAUUGGCAGAGCUUUCCGGUUGGGUCAGGAGCAACAAAUAAUGGUUAUACGAUAUAUCAUGAAGGAAACAAUUGAGGACACAAGAGAGGAAAUUGCAAUUGGCCGACGGAGGCUUUUUACAGAAACCACGGCCGUUUUCCUCGGAAAGAGCCGAGGCUAUAUCCGUAAGUAA